AUGGCAGGUUCUUUAACCUCAACAUCCACUCCCUGGUGCACUGUGUUCUUGGUUGUCAGCACCGUUUUGUUCAAUGCAGUAGUAUUGAUCGGCAACAAAUGGACAGCAGAUGCACUGCGUGAGAUUGGCCAGUCAACUCGAGGCUGGUCCAAUGUUGGAACAGGAAUUGCAAGUGCACUUCAAACAGAAAUCGACCAGAAGAUGAACAAUGUCUCCUCACUUCUGCUUGGCAGUCUGGAGCACGUGCUAGAUGCACAGGGACAAUUGGACGUCGUCCUUUCCAUGGUGGGCAACGAAACGGACGCAGCCAUCGCAAAGCAUCCGGAAUUAUCGCUGUUGCAGCAACACGGGCCAGAGCGUGGCCUGGUCCUUCUGCAGGAGGUUCAUGGAAAGAACUCGUCGCAUGUGGAGGCGUUGGUGCCGGUCGUCAUUUCUGCAAUACAUCAGGUCAUGGAUUUUGUCAUGGAGGAAGUGGAGAAAGGCUUGCACACCUUGCUGGAGAAGAUCAAGCCAGCCUUAGAGCAAGUUGGCAAAUGGAUCUUGCAAUUCGGAGACAAAGUCACAAAAGGCUUGGAGGACUUCAGUUCCACUUUGGACAAGGCCCAGAAGAUGUUUGACCAAGUCAUGGCGCAACUGAAUGGUGGCGGCAACAACUCGGACUUGAUGAUAGAGCAGACCUGGCCCAUCUUUGAUGACGAUGAUUCUGGCGAAGUCUCUUCGACGGAGCUCAAGAAUGUAGGAAACUGGUUUGCGAUCUCUGCUCUUCAAGGCAACAAAGCAGAAGCCCUCAUCAAGAAGUAUGACGCAUCGGGUGAUGGGGAGAUCGGCCCCAGGGAGUUUGAGAAGCUUGUGAACGAUCCCAGCAUCCCCGGCUCCUUGUCGGUCAUCCUCAGGAAAUAUGCCAAGCGCUUGGCAGAAAUUGCCGGCGAUGUUGGUGAGGCUCGCUUACGGGACGACGUUGCGCACAGUGUUGCCAACUACGUAAAGCUGGUAUGCGCAAAGAACAUGACGAAGGUUGAUUGGAUUGCUGACCGACUGGGAAAUGGCAGCCUUCCGUUGGAUUUUACUGGGACGGUCUUUGUUGAGAUGUGCCUUUCUAGCAAGGAUCCAAACGCAGCUGUGUUCACCAGUGCUGACACCGGCCUUCUGCUGACAACAGAGGUGUACAAGCUGCAUUCGGAGGCAAUGCUCAGCACCAUUGACCUGUUGGGCAAUUCGUCAUGGUGGCAGUCUCAAGGCUACGACCUGAAGGACCAGCCCGCCUGUAUCAAGAUGGCGACGGCAUGGAUCACCCAGGUGCAGAAGUCGGUCUUGACGCAGAAAGGCACUGAAAGUCUGUCUCUGCUUCAAGGGGACAGCACGCUGCAGCAGGAACUUGAGCUUCUGGAAGCCAUGCCGGAAGCAGCUUUCAUUAUGGCCGAGGAGAGUGCUAGGCUCUACCGCCUGGAGCGAUUGCAGGCACGCCAGCGCAGACGCAGUCAACUUUUUUCUUCAGCAACCUCUCAGCUGCUUCUCAAGCGUUUGCUGGGAGGAGUGUCGGCUUCGGAUGUUGCCAACCAGGACGCAGCAAGUGCGGCCCUGCAAGGCGGUGUCCCAGCUGUUCCUGAGACGCUGGAGUUUGCUGAGUUCUUGCGCAUUAACGCUUCAGAGCGGGCGAAGGAACUGCAGCAUUAUUCCUUCGACUACGCAUCUGAGUCCAGCAAUUCCAUUGAUGACUUUGCCUCGAAGAUUCAGGCAAUGAUCAAGAAGGUGGAGAGCUUUAUUGGUAUGAUGGAGAAGUACUCUACGCCCAAGGGCAUCAACGACUUGGAAGCAAAGGUUGAGGAGUUUCUCACAACAGCUAUCGAGGACGUUCGAAAGACGGUGGAAUCCAGGCUGGUCGGCCUCAUCAACAAGUCCGCGCCUCAGCUUGAGUCCGCCCUCCAUUCUGCUGCCCACAAUGCCGGCCAGCGCCUGGGAGAGAUGAUUGGCAGCGUGAUUUCUAGUCCGUUAGCUCAGUCACUGGAGAAGCCUCUAGAGGACAUUCUAGCUGAAGCUGUUGGAAGCAACACAACAGCAGCGAAGAUUGGCGAGUCUCUGAGCAACGCGUUGGGUGGUGAGAUCAGCAAUCUCACAGCAUCUGCCCUUGGUGAUAAGCUUGGCGAUGCCCUGGAAGGGCUUCUGGACAAGGCACUCGACAAGGCAUCGGACCUGGCCAGCGAAGGUCUGGACACCCUGACAGGUAAGCUGAAUCCCAAGGUAAGCCUGCUGUCCAUGGACUCAGAGAUCGACCGCCUUUUCAACCAGCGCAAGCAUCGGGUGCUGGAACAGGACUCCCUGCACGAUGCCGGAGUCUCCGACACGAUUUCCCACACGUGGCAAGGCAUGGUGAACUUGCUGCGCACCUUCUCCAACCUUCUCCCCACCGCGGUCAGCACCCUGAAGGAUGCCAGAAGCGAGGUGUCAAAGCUCAGCUCCAACCUGGAUUCCAUUUUUACUGUUUUCGAGGCCAAAGGUCCGCAAAUCUUCAACACCGUCGCAAACCUUUGGGUGACCAUUUGGGUCUUUUACUUCCUGUUCAUUUUGCCCUUCUGCGCUUUCACGCUUUACUAUGGCUUGUGGGCCAAUGGCUGGUUCGGAGGACCGAAGCCAAUUCUGCAGGAAGAAGCUCAGGGGGAACAAACUUUCUGGCAGCGAUUGUCCUUGUUGUGCUCCAAGUGCUGUACAUGCUGCAGGAACUUUCACGACACCGACCUCUGCUUUUGGUCUAUCAUUAUCUUCAUGCAAGUUAUUGUCUUGGUGACGUUCCUGAUUUCGGUCGUGAUGGCAAUCUUCGCUGGUGUGAAGGCGAUGAUCGUGGCAGGCUGCGGCCAGGUCUACGUUCUUGAGGAUCCUGAUGUCUGCGAGAGCGCUCUCACGACUCUCAGGACUUUUCUCACCAAGAUGAGUGUGGGAAACAGCACCAUCUACACCGACGAGGACAUUCAUGGUAUCUGUGAUGAGAACCUCUUGCUCACCUGUGAGAUGGUGACUGCAACGUUAACAAAGUCGACAAUUGCCACGACUGUCUUCAGCUUCCUGGCAUCCAUUUUCUCCCUGCAGAUGCUCUUCGAUGCUGCAACACUGCACGAGCAGGCUGUAUGGCGAAGAAAAGCUGCUGCCGCCAAAGCAGGGCGCCUGGUAAGACAAGCAAGAAAUUUAAAAGAGCUGUUCUCAGAUUUAUCAGGAAGGCAAGGAGGACUGAGAGCAGAAGUACCGUGUCUCACUCUCUGUCUCACAUUGUCUCCGACAUUGGCUCAGCACCCGAUCGCAAAACCGUGCUUGGAAGCUUCAGUGAGCCUGUCUGUGAGUCAUGGAACACUGAUAUCCUUUAGUGUAGCACGCUGGGACCCAUGUUCUGUUUUCUUUUUCCGGCGAUUUCGACACCUCGAAUUCGCCAGAAGUUUUGGGGGUUCUAGAUUCCUUGAGCAGCGACGACGACCCCCAAACCGUGGUCACAGCUGGCCAUCAGCAUGCUGCGCCAGAUGGAGUGUGCAACUGUGCGACAGGACUGGCGCAGCAUCAAAAACAUGUGCACUCAGUUGCCAGCUGCAGUUCUCUGCACCUUGGGCGAGAUCAAAGACCAAAGGUUGGAUUUGGGUACGAAGGCCUACCGUUCUGAACACCUGCCCAGACGAGAUGAUGGAUGCGGUGCUGCGCUUCUAUCACAGCCCCAAACCAAAGCAGCUCAUGCCUCUCACCAAUAUGCUGCAGAAGCAUCUGUGGCUGUGGUGCUCAGCUGCAUUCGCCUGCUAG